CCCUAAAAAGACAUUAUUACCCUUUGAGUUUGACUUAAGAACGACCGUGCGUACGAGCUCUGGACAAAUCUGAUAGAUUCACGCUCGCGAGGCUUAACUGAAACAGAGUAGUGAGUUAGGUAUAAACAACCAAACCAAACACACAAGGUAAAAGGGAUGUCUCCGUCUUUGGUCACUGAUAACGGCGAUGUCGCCACCGUGAAAGCCUCUCCGGUUGCCGGACGUUUAACAGCUGUUUACAGUGAGGUGCAAACGAGUCGUAUCGACCACGCUCUUCCUCUCCCUUCUGUUCUCAGAAAUCCCUUCAAAAUCGUCGACGGUCCCCCUAGCUCUGCCGCCGGCAACCCUGAUGAGAUCGCGAAAUUGUUUCCAAAUCUGUUCGGGCAACCAUCUGCAAUGUUGGUGCCAAACGGAGCUGACUCUAUCGGAUCUGAUCAGAAACUGAAGAUCGGCGUCGUUUUGUCUGGAGGACAGGCACCUGGAGGUCACAAUGUGAUUUCUGGAAUCUUCGAUUACUUGCAGGAUCGCGCGAAAGGUAGCAUUUUGUAUGGAUUUAGGGGAGGUCCUGCUGGGAUCAUGAAAUGCAAAUACGUAGAAUUGACUGCAGAUUAUAUUUACCCCUACAGAAAUCAGGGUGGCUUUGAUAUGAUCUGUAGUGGGAGAGACAAGAUUGAAACUCCUGAGCAGUUUAAGCAAGCUGAAGAAACAGCAAUGAAGCUUGAUUUGGAUGGGCUUCUUGUUAUUGGUGGGGAUGACUCAAACACAAAUGCUUGCCUCCUUGCCGAAAACUUCAGGGCUAAAAAUUUGAAAACUCAAGUGAUUGGAUGCCCAAAAACCAUCGAUGGUGAUUUGAAAUGCAAAGAGGUUCCAACCAGUUUUGGAUUCGACACUGCUUGCAAGAUAUAUGCUGAAAUGAUUGGAAACGUCAUGAUUGAUGCACGAUCAACUGGAAAAUAUUAUCAUUUUGUACGGCUCAUGGGGCGUGCAGCUUCACACAUUACUUUGGAGUGUGCUUUGCAGACUCACCCUAACAUUACCAUUAUUGGAGAAGAGGUUGCUGCCAAGAAGCUGACACUGAAAAAUGUUACAGACUACAUAGUCAAUGUCGUUUGCAAACGUGCUGAACUUGGUUACAAUUAUGGGGUUAUUCUCAUUCCUGAAGGUCUCAUUGACUUCAUUCCUGAGGUCCAGCAUCUCAUUGCUGAACUAAAUGAAAUUCUGGCACAUGAUAUUGUUGAUGAAAAUGGGCUAUGGAAAAAGAAACUUACUGAUCAAUCUUUGAAGCUUUUUGAGUUGUUACCUCAAGCAAUUCAAGAACAAUUGAUGCUUGAAAGAGAUCCACAUGGAAAUGUUCAGGUUGCAAAAAUAGAAACGGAGAAAAUGCUCAUUCAAAUGGUCGAAACUGAAUUGGAGAAGAGGAAGCAGGAAGGCUCUUAUAAAGGCCAGUUUAAAGGACAGUCACACUUUUUCGGAUAUGAAGGAAGAUGUGGUUUGCCAACUAACUUUGAUGCAUUCUACUGCUAUGCAUUGGGCUAUGGUGCUGGAGCUCUCCUCCACAGUGGAAAAACAGGGUUGAUAUCAUCGGUAGGAAAUUUGGGUGCCCCAGUUGAAGAAUGGACUGUGGGAGGGACUGCUUUGACAUCAUUAAUGGAUGUGGAGAGGAGGCAUGGUAAAUUCAAGCCUGUGAUCAAGAAGGCAAUGGUAGAACUGGAAGGUGCACCAUUCAAGAAAUUUGCUUCCAUGCGGGAGGAGUGGGCUCUUAAGAAUUGCUACAUUAGUCCCGGUCCUAUUCAAUUUGUUGGGCCAGUUUCAAAUGCAGUUAACCACACUCUGCUCCUUGAACUCGGUGCUCAAGCUUAGAGUUAUUGAUUAAAUUACUGCUUUAAUAGAAGCUUAAGUCUCUAGAGACAGCAGGCCAAACCUAAAGUCUGUUUUGCUUGUGAAGGUCCUGUUUCUCUCUUCUUUUAAGAAUUUUGACAUUUAUUCUUUUGUGGGUUUUGGAAGAUGAAAUUAGCCUUGUGUGGAUUUUCAAGCUCUAAAGAACCAAAUAUCUGCUGCGUCAA